CAAUGCUUCUGCUUAUUUCUUCAAUUUUUUUGCAUAAUUUGUUCAUCAGCGCCUUCCUAUAAAUUGCAGCGUGCUGUGCCCCUCAAGAAGACAAUGGUUGGCUGGAGAAUGCAACAUCAGGUUUCGUUUCUUAUGGUUGAAUUCAAUUAAGAACCCUCGAUUUUCUUCUGAUUUUCUCCCCCAAUUUCGUUUUAAAAAUUAAUUCAUAAAUCAAAAAGACUGGUUUUUUGUCCACUCCCUAAUACCGUUAUCCCCAUUUAGUAUAAAGAUCGAGCAAGAACGAAGAUAAGUUCUUGUAGUCACCUCAAGAAGGCAUAAAAAUGGCGACGGUAUCAUUUUCCCGAUCCCUAAUCGCCCUCUCCCCUUUUAAACCCCACGCCCAGACCUAUUUGCGGUUCGCACUUCGUGCGGCCGCCGGAGAUUCCCCAUCCGGUCCCGAAGAAGCAAAAUCCCAGGCAACCUCCUCCGAACCUGACGACUUCGAUUCCCGGCUCUCCAGAUUCCGGAUCCGUUACCGGACAGGAGUGGGUAAGAAGGCAGAGCGAAGGAAGGCUCGACAAGCGAAGAUGAGAGGAUCAGAGCCUGGAUCCGGGAUCUACCUCCCGCCUGUGCCACUGCAAGAACCGGCGUCGGAGGGGCUGAAUGUGGAGUUCGGGUUCACCCGGUAUUCCGAACGGGCCAAUGGUCGGAUUGCAAUUCUGGGAUUAUUUGCUUUGUUGAUGGUGGAGCUGGCGACUGGUCAGGCGGUGGUAAAGUAUCAUACUCCGGCGGUAGUUGUGCUUCAGGUAUACUUCGUGGCGGCGGCUGUGGCGGUGUAUGCUAAGUACGAGAAGGAAAGACUUAGUGUGUGGCCUGGCUCGCCUCCGGCUGAGGAAUAAGAAUUGAUUGUAAAAGUUUCCUUUUUAUUGUGUUUCUUGUGCAUUGUAAAGAUAAAUUGAGCUUAUGUGUUUCUUUGGGAGAUCUUUUCUUAAUGUAUUGUUUACCCAAAAUCAUAAAAAAGUUUGUUCUUUUAGUCUUUUUUUAAAUGUAAAAGCUUGUUUGGGAUAUUUGGUUCUAUGA